UGCAGCCUUGAACUCCCAGCUCAAGUGAUCCUCCCACUUCAGCCUUCCGAGUAGCUGGAACCACAGGCACCCACAUGACGCCCAGUUAAUUUUUGCAUUUUUGAUAGAGAUGGGGUCGCAUUAGAUUGCCCAGGCUGGUGUCGACCUCUCUGGCUCACACGAUCCUCCCGCCGCGGCUUCCGAGCGGCUGGGUUCAGGCUUGAAUCACUGCGCCAGGGCUUUAUAUUUCGUUUUGAAAAUGCUGAGAUGGAUGCAAAGGGCUGAGUGCUCAGUGUCCGCCAGCCACCCUCAGUUGCGGCUUCCGUCCAAAGAAGGAAUCGCACUCCCUGCUGGGGCCACUAACAGCACUAACACGGUCCGAGUGACAUAUGCAAAGCUCGGGAACGGCGACAGAUGGGAAGAUGCGUGGGAGCCUGGGGGGCCCUCGGGAGAGCCGCGCACCCUCGCGGCCGACUCAGCCAGUACCCGCACCCUCCUACCCAGAUCCCGGCCGCCCGCCAGGACUCUCUGGCCCGCACCUCUAUGGUAGGAAACCAAGAAAACAGGAAGUGGCCUCGAGAGGGGGAAGGGAGGGGCGGGGCCUCCGAGGGGCGGGGCCUCCGCCACCACCUCCGCUGCGGACCCAGGCGAGAUGGCGGCCACCGAGGGGGUCGGAGAGGCUGCGCAAGGCGGCGAGCCCGGGCAGCCGGAGCAGCCCCCGCCCCAGCCGCACCCACCGCCGCCUCAGCAGCAGCACGAGGAAGAGAUGGCGGCCGAGGCCGGGGAAGCCGUGGCGUCCCCCAUGGACGACGGGUUUCUGAGCCUGGACUCGCCCUCCUACGUCCUGUACAGGGACAGAGCAGAAUGGGCUGAUAUAGAUCCAGUGCCGCAGAAUGAUGGCCCCAGUCCCGUGGUCCAGAUCAUUUAUAGUGACAAAUUUAGAGAUGUUUAUGAUUACUUCCGAGCUGUCCUGCAGCGUGAUGAAAGAAGUGAACGAGCUUUUAAGCUAACCCGGGAUGCUAUUGAGUUAAAUGCGGCCAAUUAUACAGUGUGGCAUUUCCGGAGAGUUCUCUUAAAGUCACUUCAGAAGGAUCUACAUGAGGAAAUGAACUACAUCACUGCAAUAAUUGAGGAGCAGCCCAAAAACUAUCAAGUUUGGCAUCAUAGGCGAGUAUUAGUGGAAUGGCUAAGAGAUCCAUCUCAGGAGCUUGAAUUUAUUGCUGAUAUUCUUAAUCAGGAUGCAAAGAAUUAUCAUGCCUGGCAGCAUCGACAAUGGGUUAUUCAGGAAUUUAAACUUUGGGAAAAUGAGCUGCAGUAUGUGGACCAACUUCUCAAAGAGGAUGUGAGAAAUAACUCUGUCUGGAACCAAAGAUACUUCGUUAUUUCUAACACCACUGGCUACAAUGAUCGUGCUGUAUUGGAGAGAGAAGUCCAAUACACUCUGGAAAUGAUUAAACUAGUACCACAUAAUGAAAGUGCGUGGAACUAUUUGAAAGGGAUUUUGCAGGAUCGUGGUCUUUCCAAAUACCCUAAUCUGUUAAAUCAAUUACUCGAUUUACAACCAAGUCAUAGUUCCCCCUACCUAAUUGCCUUUCUUGUGGAUAUCUAUGAAGACAUGCUAGAAAACCAGUGUGACAAUAAGGAAGACAUUCUUAAUAAAGCAUUAGAGUUAUGUGAAAUCCUAGCUAAAGAAAAGGACACUAUAAGAAAGGAAUAUUGGAGAUAUAUUGGAAGAUCCCUUCAAAGCAAACACAGCACAGAAAAUGACUCACAAACAAAUGUACAGCAAUAACACCAUCCAGAAGAACUUGAUGGAAUGCUUUUAUUUUUUAUUAAGGGACACUGCAGGAAUUUAAAACGAGAGUGGUCCCUCCCUUUGCCUGUGGUGUGAAAGUGCAUCACACAGGUAAUUGCUUUUUAACAAGAACUGAUGCUCCUUGGGUGCUGCUGCUACUCAGACUAGCUCUAAGUAAUGUGAUUCUUCUAAAGCAAAGUCAUUGGAUGGAGGAGGAAAAAAAAGUCCCAUAAAGGAACUUUUGUAGUCCUAUCAACGUGUAAUCUAAUCCCUUAGCAUCAACUCCUCCCUCAGUGGUACACACAUCAAGAUUUGUAGCAGUAAUAACUGCGGGUCACUUGUAUGUAAUGGAUAUGAGGUAGCUGAAGUUUGGUUCAGUAAGCAGGGAAUACAGUGGUUCCAUCAGAGCUGGUCUGCACACUCACAUUAUCUUGCUAUCACUGUAACCAACUAAUGCCAAAAGAAUGGUUUUGUAAUAAAAUUAUAGCUGUAUCUAAAAA